AUGACUGCCGAUCCUGAGGAGCGUGCUCGACUCACCAGAGCGAUCAUUGCCAGGAGACAUGUAGAACGCACUGAUUGGAUGAACCAGCUGUACACCCGAAGUAGGGCGGGAGAUGCAGAGGCCAUCAAGUACCUCAGGCAGCGGAAUCUUCCUGCCAAAGGCAGCCCUCACGAGUUCAUUAGUUGCCAUGGUGAUUUGCGGGAAGCUGGACGCCAACUCAGAGACCACUACACUCGUCUUUUCAGCUCCGAGCUGGACGACUCUCAGCAACAACAGCUUUGCACCUCCUUGGCCCAGCUUCAAGCCCGCGCAGCUGAAAGCUCGUGCGCUGACUUUACAGAAGAUGAGAUACAGCAAGGAGUUGCUCGCCUGAAGUUUGGUAAGGUUUCUGGACCAUCGGGCGUCAGCAAUGAAUACCUUGUUGCUUUAUGGAACGACACUUCUGGUCGCGCUCUCCUGGUAUCUCAUCUCAAUGCUCUGCUACAUGCGGAUGAGUUUCCGGUGGGCUUCUGUGAUGCCUUCGUGGCCCUGCUGCCCAAGGUAACCAACGUCACAGCGCGAGUCACCAGGGAAUCCAAACUACAGUCCUACGGCAUUUAUUUGUCAUGCGACAUACAAGCCGCGUUCGACAACAUUAGUCAAACAGCAGUUCUGCAGUUUCUUUUGGAGGAAUCUGAUCCAGGCCUCGGCCGCGAAACACUACAGUUGUUCAAGCUCAUCAUGUCCCUUCAGCUACACUUUACCUGGCAGGGUCAAAACUGGACUAUCCCACAACAGUCUGGUGUGCAACAGGGAGGCAGUCACAGUGCAGUCGUCUUCGCGUACGUUUUGGGUUUGGCCAUACAGAAGCUCGAGAGGUCUUGGAGGGCACAGAAAGAGACAUGCAUGCAUUCCAGUUUCUCGUUGGUUUUCGUAGAUGACCUACUGGUGACCUUUCAGAACUGGGCCCAGGCUGAUAGACUUACUGCCCAACUACAGCCGCCGUUCGUUUCAGUUCUCCCCGGGAUCAUUGCUGCCUACGUUGUCUUGGGAUACUAA